GUGUUACGAAAGCACUUACACGUGAGUUUGUAAACAAGAGGGUGCGUGGAGGAGGGCGGCCAUUCCCCGAGCUCAAUGAUAUGAAGGCCCGUCACUUUGUCCUGGCAAUAUUUGCCAGUGUGCUGUGUCUGUGCCAAGGCUACACCCUCAGGAGCUCGGUGUCCUGGGUCGUGUCUUCUAACGAUGUUGUGGAGGACGCGGACCUGUCGGAGGAGGUAGCCCCGGCGUUGCUGGUGGACGGUGCGGCUCUGUGGAAGCAGGCUUAUCCGUCCUCCAGCGUCCUCGGAGACAGCGUGGAGAGCCCCGGAGAGCUGGUGAAGCCCGAGGACGAAAAUGUGGCGCAGCUCUCUUCUCGUUUGUUUUCAUAUCGGCUGGAGAAGGUGAAGAAGUCCACCGGCAGCUCUCCUCCCCCGCACCAGGAGACCGCUAGGACUGCCAGAUACAUAGCACACUAUAGUGACUGGGGACAUCUGUCCACCAUUUCAACUCAAGACAAGAUCAAAGGUGUUCCCUUUGGGAACAUUUUCUCAGUCAGUGAUGGACCACUGGACAACAGCACUGGAGUUAUCUACUUCUACGUGACACCAAUGGACAACUCCGUGUCAGACUUGAAAAGUAACCCCUAUGCUUCUCUCACCUUCUCAGAGGCAGAGGGGGAAUUCUGCAGGCAAAUGGUGUACGAUCCAGAGGAUCCAAGAUGUGCUCGACUGACACUAACAGGCAAGAUGGUGGAGGUGGCCCCAGAGGAGCUUGCGUUUGCAAAAGAGGCAAUGUUCUCAAGACAUCCUGUGAUGGCAAAGUGGCCAGUGGGACACAAAUGGUUCUUUAUGAAGCUGGAGUUGAUCCAGGUCUGGCUGCAGGACUGGAUCGGAGGCACAUCACUCAUUCCUUUGGAGGACUACUUCAAAGCUACACCCUUCUGAGAAUAUCCCUCCCUCUGCAUCACGUCAGCCCACUAAAAUAGAUCAGUUCAGCUGUCGACACUACACACAUCACUCUAAUAAGGGGCGACAAUUCCCAAAGCAGUGACGUUCAGAUAAUAUUUUCAACAUUUUUUUUUUCCCAAACACUUUUGCUAUUUUAAUUUGUGAAAGUGAAUAUUCUUCACACCUACUUUUUCUAUUUAGCUCCUCAGCUCAGCUUGAUCAGUUUCCUGUUUUGGGCGUGUGAAUGUAUUUUUAGUCAUCACUGCUGGCAUAGAAAAUUAUGUGCCAAUUAAUUUGUUCUUUUUAAUCACUGAGUACUAUUUUAUGGGUUUGCAUUAAACUGUGUGUGCUGUUUGAAAAAUAAAUGAAUGUUAGCACACAAAAUGA